GGCCGGCGGAAGAACUCGUGCGCCACUGUCAGCCGCGCCGGAAGUUCCCGGCCGGGCCUGGCGGUAACCUUGGGGUCCUCAGCGCCACGCCGCCCGGGUGGCCUUUGCCAGGCCGGGUGUCCGCCGAGGCCGAGCCGGUGAGGAACCCGGGAGCGCCGAGUUGCCGAGGAAGACCCGAGCCGCAGCGGGAGAGCGUCGCGCGGACGCUCGGCCGCCCCAGCCGCGAUGUCUCUGGUGGCGGAAGCCUUCGUCUCCCAGAUCGCAGCUGCAGAACCUUGGCCUGAAAAUGCUACAUUAUAUCAACAACUGAAAGGGGAGCAAAUUUUGCUUUCUGACAAUGCAGCUUCUCUUGCUGUGCAGGCCUUCUUGCAAAUGUGUAAUCUUCCGAUCAAAGUGGUUUGUAGGGCAAAUGCUGAAUAUAUGUCUCCAUCAGGUAAAGUACCUUUUAUUCAUGUAGGAAAUCAGGUUGUGUCAGAACUUGGUCCAAUAGUCCAAUUUGUUAAAGCCAAGGGUCAUUCUCUUAGUGAUGGGCUGGAUGAAGUUCAGAAAGCAGAAAUGAAAGCCUACAUGGAAUUAGUCAACAAUAUGCUGUUGACCGCAGAGUUGUAUCUUCAGUGGUGUGAUGAAGCUACAGUAGGGGAGAUCACUCUUGCUAGAUAUGGAUCUCCUUACCCUUGGCCUCUGAAUCAUAUUUUGGCCUAUCAGAAACGGUGGGAAGUUAAACGUAAGAUGAAAGCUAUUGGAUGGGGUAACAAGACUCUGGACCAGGUCUUGGAAGAUGUAGACCAGUGCUUUCAAGCUCUUUCUCAAAGAUUGGGAGCACAACCAUAUUUCUUCAAUAAACAGCCUACUGAACUAGAUGCACUUGUGUUUGGCCACCUGUACACCAUUCUUACCACUCAGUUGACCAGUGAUGAACUUUCUGAGAAGGUGAAAAACUAUUCAAACCUCUUUGCUUUCUGUAGAAGAAUUGAACAGCAUUACUUUGAAGAGCGUGGCAAACACACUCCAUUACACUGACAUGACUUGUCAGAAUUUAGUGUUUAGUAGUUAUGAAAAAAGUCACUUAAAAAUUGUACUUGAAUGUUGUAGAAGAUAGUGGUAUCAGAAUUUUAAGACAAAAAAAGGAAUGCUUUUUAAAACUGUAACAGAUUAUAUGUAUCCUAUAUGUGUACUUUUUACUGUUAUUUGUAUACACAUUAGAAUAAUUUUGGAUGAUUUUAUUUGAUAUAUUGCACUCUGUCUCCAAAUUUUGUCUCCUUAAAACAUGUAUGCAUAUAAAAAUAAAGCUUAAACAACUUUGUGGGUGGUAUAUAUACUUUUCUCUUGUGAUUUUUCUGAAAGUUGGUCUUGAGUUUUUUACAUGGAAUAAAUAAAUGAGUUUUCUAAGGCAGCA